CAACUUGUACUGAAAACAUGGACCCUCUUGCCCUUUUAGUGUCAUGGGGAUGGACCAAAAAGUAUUAGCUCCAAAAACGUGAUGCAAACACCAAACCUAAUAGUCCAUACCAACUGGCUCAACUAAGCUUUUCUUUGUUCAUCACUCACUAGUCAACAGCUUAAACACUAACCUUCAUCAUUGUAUGAGAGAUUAUGAUCACAUCUAAAUUUUUAGGUUAGUUUCAUAUCCUCUAGAGUUGUAUCCAUGACAGUACUAAUUCACUGGUACGACUUUCUGUGCUUCAUCGUUGUUGUCGGUUCUAUUUUUGCUGCCAUAUGGAUGCUCCUGCGCCAUGAAGAGAAUGACGGUACAAGAAAAUAUUCAACGAAAUAUGAGAGCUUAUUGUUGGUUUCUCAACCUGAUGAAGGCAACGGAAACGUCAGUGCAGAGUGGACACAGCCUAAUCAUGUAGGAUCCUGUCAGUUGUGGACAAGUUGUUGGCGAAAUCUUAACCCUGUGUGGCUUCUGGUUACACGGCUCUUAUCAUUCGUUAUUAUGGCUCGUUUUCUGGCUUGGGAUAUUCAGGUGCACGGCAAAAUUAUGUUUCUCUACUACACCGAGUGGACCUUUAUAUUAGUCAUCAUCUAUUUCGCGCUUGGCACAAUAACAUCGGCACAAGGAUGUUGGGAGAACUCGAGGAAACCUGUGAACGAAAACAAUGGAAGAAAUAGUUCGGUAGGAACUAAUAUUGCAGAGAGUAGUAAAUCCAAGACAACCAUAAGUUUUUGGGCUAACAAAGUCAGAGCUACAGUCAAAGUGCAGAGUUAUCAUGAGCAGGACGCCGUCAAGGAAAUUGCUGGAUUUUGGGGAUAUCUGAUGCAAACAGUAUAUCAGACUUGUGCAGGAGCCGUGGUCCUUACAGAUAUUGUCUUCUGGUUUCUUAUAGUCCCGUUUCUCUCAAUUGAAAGGGUCAAAUUGAACCUGUUAAUGGGAUGUAUGCAUUCUCUUAACGCUGUGUUUCUUCUCAUUGACGCCGCUCUCAACAGCCUUCCCUUUCCAUGGUUUCGACUUGCAUAUUUCGUGCUGUUCACGUCUACAUAUGUCAUUUUCCAAUGGGUUCUUCACGCAUGUGGUGUUUCAUGGUGGCCUUACCCAUUCCUUGAUCUAUCAACUCCAUGGGCACCUCUAUGGUACUUCUUAUUGGCCCUUAUUCACAUCCCUUGCUACGGGCUGUAUGCGCUGAUCAUAAAACUAAAGAACGGAGAGUUCUCGAAGUGGUUCCCUCGUGCCUUUCUGAGCAUACAAUAGUGACUUCCUUGCUGUUCAUGGCUUGAUCAACUAUUGCAUGUACGUAGAACGAGAGUUCUUGGUAUUACUACACUUCACCAAUCUAUGAGAUGAGAUGAGAUGAUAUCAGAUGCUAAUACACAAACAAUCAUUUAUUUUUCUUGUUAUCAUUGUGCGUACUUGCUAUGAGUGUGACUCCAAUAUGGCAAUGGGUUAAAUUUGAACCCCAAAAUCUAAUGUGUAACUCCAUAUCUACGGAUCUAAAUAAAUUUGCUUAUAACCAUUCUAGAAGUUGCUUUUUGACUUCUAGAAACAUAAAA